AGCUUCAGUGCUGCUCUGGCCAAGAAUAUGGUGGCCAUGCUGGUGUGGCUGGCCCUCAGUGUGAUUAAUGGCAGUAUGGUUGGCACCUUCCUCCGCCACAGCAUCUUCUAUGAAGACCCACGCUACAUCAUGUUCAUCUACAUGGUCAUCAACGAUGCUGUCCAGCUGACGCUAGUCACUGCCCUGUAUGUGGUGAGCUAUGUUGUUUCUAAGAUCCUGGCCUCAGCUUGCUGCCUGCUGAUCAUGACAGCUAUUCUGACCACACGGUCUACGCCUCUCAUCUUGGCCGGUAUGGCAGUGGAGUGUUACAUCUCCAUCUGCUUCCCACUGCACUACAGCCACCUCUGCACUGUGCAACGUACUUUGUGGCUCAUCAUCAUCAUCCUGGUGCUGUCGGCCGCCCCGCCAAUCACUGACCUCCUCAUCUCGCUCAUCAAGGAGCCCCCUGACUUCUUCCACACUUCUAUUUUCUGUGACCACUCACUGCUCUUUCGCGACCGUUCCAUAUACUACAAAAACUGUGUUUUUGACACCACAUAUUUCUCUUUUGUCUUCUUCACUCUCUUGUACACAUACUGUAAGAUCAUGCUAACAGCACGAGCUGCCUCCACCGACCUGGUUUCGGUGAAAAAGGCUCGAAACACAGUGUUGCUCCAUGGUGUGCAACUGUUGCUGUGCAUGCUGGCUUUUGUGGUCCCUUCCAUGCAAACCCCGCUCAUCCAGCUGUUCCCCCGAUAUGGCCUUGAAAUACGUUACGUCAACUUCCUGCUGGUCUACAUCAUCCCACGCUUCCUAAGCCCCAUGAUCUAUGGGUUCAGGGAUGAGAAGUUUCGUAAGUACUGGACCAGGUACCUGAGCUGCAGGGUCAUGAGAGUAAGGCCGUCCAAACUGGUCACUCUAAAACUUGGGCUGCAGUUGUAG